UAGUCCUUUUUUAUCAAAAAAAUAUAUUAAAAUGUUGAGAGAGUCCGGUAGAAGGUCCGUGGGUAUGGGCGCCGUAAACCGAAGUUUGAGGAAAGGCAAAGCUAAAGCCACCUCCGACGGUUCGACCUCACGCGGUUCUCGAGGAAGACACUUCGUCUCUUCCUUUCUUACUAUCCCCGAUCAAUUCAUCGGGGACGGUAUGACGGAUGAAGAUUUCGACCAGUAUAUUUCUGGUAGAGGGGACGCGAAUCUCCCCACUCUUGAUAGUUUAUUCGAGGAUGUUGAUGAAGCAGGACUGGACAAUCUGGACGGGGACGAGGAGCCUACACCGCACAGCAACGACGUCGACGUGGAGGCAGGUGAGCCCGAGACCUCUCGAGGUCCGGACAAAGUUUGUUGCGCAAGGUGCACACUCGGAGCAUUUCCCAGUUCCCACACUACCAAUCAAGGCAAUCAUCUGCUUCAGCUCUCAACUCCCCGCGAACUUCUCAAGUAUCCCGGCGAAGGAGAAGACAAUACCGACAAUAUGCCGGAAAGUCGCUUCUUAGAAGCCGUCAUCCCGCAACAGAAGCGAUACGACGGAACAUUCUUCCCCGCCGUCUUAUCGCCGAACCCAGACGCAUCAUCUCCGAGCUUCCCGGUUGCGAUUAUGGAGCAAAAGCCAUGGCUCAACUCUCUUCUCCAUAGAUCUGGGGCUAUUAUCUUCAAAGGGUUUCCGGUCAAUUCGGCAUCGGACUUCAACGACGUCGUCGAGGCAUUCGGAUACCAGGAACUGCCGUACGUUGGCGGCGCCGCUCCUCGGACAAACGUCGUUGGCCGCGUUUUCACCGCGAACGAAUCCCCUCCCGAUCAGAAGAUCCCUUUUCACCACGAAAUGGCCCAGGUUCCAGAGUAUCCAUCAAAGUUGUUUUUUUACUGUGAAGUAGAACCUGGGAGUGGAGGGGAAACCCCAAUAGUACUUAGCCAUGUAGUGUAUGAGAAGAUGAAGAGCAAAUACCCCGAGUUCGUAGGAAGAUUGGAGGAGAAGGGCUUGAUCUACACUCGGGUGUUGGGGGAAGAAGACAAUCCUCUAUCUCCGAUUGGUCGAGGAUGGAAAUCCACAUUCUUGACCUCCCACAAGAGUGUUGCUGAAGAACGGGCUCUGAAGUUGGGGAUGAAGCUGGAGUGGCUGGAAGAUGGAGUGAAAACAGUUAUGGGUCCAAUACUGGGUGUUAAGUUCGACGAAACGAGGCAGAGAAAAAUAUGGUUCAACAGCAUGGUGGCUGCAUACACAGGCUGGGAAGAUGCACGAAAUGAUCCAAAGAAGGCUGUCACUUUUGGGGAUGGGAGCCCAUUGCCUGCUGAAAUCGUAUACGACUGCCUAGCAAUCUUGGAGGAAGAAAGUGUUGCGGUUCCGUGGAAGAAAGGGGAUGUUCUGCUCAUCGACAACUUGGCUGUUCUUCACUCUCGAAGACCCUUUGACCCACCUCGCCGUGUUCUGGCUUCUCUCUGCAGGUGAAGCAUGUUUUAUGUAAGAUGAUUUGUGAGUUUGCAUUGUAUUUGCGAUUUAGCUAUGUGCGUUUAAAUAAGUGAGGUGAAAACACAUUCCCUUUGCAGUGUCUUUAUACUCUGUACAAUCAUGUAGCUCAUAAAGGUAAGGGUGUUUAUUCAGUGUAAAUAUAUACUCCGUAUUGAG